GAUUGAAACGGAAAUAGUACUAAAUUCUCAGUCCCUGAUUGGCUUAUACAUGAAGAAGAAUGUAGCUAGCGGCCCACCCAUAGGGCCCACCUUCCCUUUCAAGACCAGAUGCGACAUGACAAGAUGGCAGACAGUGGGCGGCUUAAUGAAGCCAUUGGACUCAUUAAUAACUUUUUGAAUACUCCAAAUGCUGUGACGUCAUUGUCCGAAAUGUUGGAUCAACGACGACAGCCAUCCACAGGGGCUAUUUCUAACGCUAACGUUGACGAUGAAAUGCGCCGGCUCUUCAGACCUGCAUCAGGUGCAUCAACGAGCGGCAACAGCACUCAGCCAGGAGCUAGUCUUAAUGCUAGCCAAGGGAUGCAACCCCGAUAUCAAACUCAGCAGUAUUUCGGUGGAUGGACUUCAAAGUCAAGGAAGAGGUCUACUACCCAGAAUCACCCUACCUUCAACAAGGAUAUUGUAUUGUUACCUCAUCCAGAAUGGAGUGAAGUUUGCAAGCACAAAACCAAAAGAAGGCUUCAUGAAAGUGGCUAUAUUUUAUGUGCCUUUGAAAUGAGAAAAAUGUGGGACUGCAGGACGGUUGUUGCAGAGAUUAGGGAAGCAUUCAAGGACAGAAUUCCUGAAGAUGUCAGUAUUGAACUUUUGAUGCCAUGUGGAAACAAAUUGGUUUCACCGAAGUUGCACGAAGGACAGGAACUGAAUGGCUUUAUGAUUCACAAAGUAUUCAGAUCAAAGGCUGUGUACAUUAGACCAUCAACCAGCCUUCCAGUUCCUUUUAACAGUUCCGAUUCAGAGGACAGUUGUGUAGAAGUUGACACGUCAUCAGCAAAUGACCACACAGCUACCACUGCCAAUCAGACCAACAACUUUAUGACUACAAGGGCUAGGGGAGCGCAACUUGCAUCAACACAGCAGGUUUCUAGGUAUCCUUUCACAAGGAGAGCCAGAGCGAACCAGCUCUCUGCAUCACAGCAAGGGUCCAGUGGCACCAUGACCAGACCGAACCAGCUCUCUGCAUCACAGCAAGGGUCCAGUGGCACCAUGACCAGACCGAACCAGCUCUCUGCAUCACAGCAAGGGUCCAGUGGCACCAUGACCAGACCGAACCAGCUCUCUGCAUCACAGCAAGGGUCCAGUGACACCAUGACCAGAGCGAACCAGCCCUCUGCAUCACAGCAAGGGUCCAGUGGCACCAUGACCAGAGCAAACCAGCACGUGGAAAAUGUUGCCACUGUUAACCAGAUUCAAUCAGACAACAAUGAUGACUAUGCAACCUACCUUUCGAUCAUGGGUUCCAUCUCAGAUUUGUCUUCUGAUGACGAGGAAUUAAGCCAAGCUAUCAUGGCCAGUCUCGAGAGUCAUGUGGCAUCUGAAUGCACUAACACUAAAUCAGCACAGGAUGUACUCCUCAAUCUUGCAUCCCAAAUUGUUAGUAACAAAAAAUGCAGAUUCAACAUCAAUAGGUCCUCAGUACUGGAUGGUACCAUGCGUGGCUUCAAACGAUUGUCCUACAAUCCCUCGUACCAGAUGUGCAUCAAGUUUUCAGAUGACUUGGGAAUAGAUGAAGAGGCUGUGGACCUCGGUGGUCCUAGGAGGGAAUUUUUACGAUUGCUUAUGGAAGCCUUGAUACAGUCACCAAUGUUUGAAGGAAAGGAUGGCAAAAUGAAUUUGGGUCUGGACAGUUCUGCUUUAAGAGAAGAUCGCUAUUUCAUUGCUGGCCGGGCCAUUGCUGUAAGUCUUGUUCAUGGCGGUCCUCCUCCAGGAUUCUUUGCACCAACACUGUAUGCUUGUCUAGUUGGUGCAAAGUCCUCAAUAAAGCCUGUCUUGGAAGACAUUGCUGAUGCUGACCUGUAUGAAAAGGUUAAAAAGUUGUCAGAAUGUACAUCUUUGGAUGACCUGUUACACGCCACAGAACCACUGCAAGAUUACCUGGCAAAUGCUGGGUGCCUCAGGCCAUUAAAAAGCAUUGAAGACAGAGACCUACUUGUUCAAGACAUCCUCAUGUUUCAGGUGGUCCACAGAGUCUGCGGGGCACUUGAGAGAUUUGUGGAGGGGCUGAAUACCCUUGGUGUUCUGAAUGCAAUCCGAAUGCAUCCUGACAGCUUUAGGCCCUUAAUGUGCCAUGAACCAUCUGCACUCACUGCUGACAUAAUGGAUCACCUUUUCCACAUCCGCCUGUCUGAAGUGGGAAGCAACAAGAGAAGAGCAGAGGAACGGGUGGUACCAUUUUGGAGGGACUACCUGCAGGAUGUUGAAGAGCAAGAAGGACCAUCAAAGCUAGGUAAAAUCCUAGCCUUUGCCACAGGUGCAAGUGUCAUCCCUCCAGUUGGCUUCUCCCCUCAGCCAUCAAUCGAUUUCCUGCAUGAUCAUUCCUCCAGCCCGAGAAGCUGUUUGCCUAUGGCCAACACCUGCAUUAACGGCCUUAAGCUACCGCUUUUUGACAAAUAUGGGGAUUUCAGAGAGAGAAUGGACUUUGCAAUUGGUAACACACAGGGUUUUGGUAGGGAAUAACUGAACCUCAUGAGUGGUUAGUUCCAAGUACCCUCUUGAGGAUGUUUGGAAUACACAGGUGAAAAAUAAUUGCGAAAAUAUAGCGAUUGCUGAUUAAAACACAUCACCUUUUGAGUGUUAAAGAAGAAAGAGUUCAGAUUUUUUUGAACUUGGACCCUAUUUUACUAUGUUUUUAUGUCUAAGUGACUGAUGGGAAGAACAAUCUUUGACAUUGGUCCAGUAUUUAUUAAGAUCCCUGUAGUAGGCAGCGGCAAAACUAGAUGCAAUGUUAGUUAUUGGGUAAUUGCUUGUUUUGUCACUGACAUGCUCAGUUGAUUAUUCUAAAUCUUUUUGUUAAAGAGUACAUUAUAACAGCCCUGAAAUCACCAUCGCCAAAUUCAGUAAUUUUAACAUUGCAAAAACAAAAUUGUUUUAGUGGACAAAAUUGACUAUGCAAAUUUGCACUAGGGUUACAAAGUCAUAAAUACAUGGGAAUAUAAGGUCUAGGUUGAAAAUUGUUUGUAUUUCACAAACAUCCUGCACACCUUUUUGUUUUUUCUUUAAAGGUUCAAGGCACAGUGAUGUAAAGAAAAUCCAAAUGUUGUUACUGUUACAUUAUUCAAUUAAUUACAAAACAACCCAAAUUGUGAUAGCAUGUUAACACUUAGUGUCGGCUGCAUUUUCAGUAUUAGCGUUCACUAAGAAAAUUCACUAGAUUUAAAAAUAAAUGUAUGCCGUGGUUGCCAUCAUCAAUCAGUGGGUCUACUGUUUCUUGAAGUGUGUUAAU